GAGUGACGUUUAUAAGCGCUUAAAGCACGUGAGCACCCAAAAGGAACGCAACCUUCGAAUGUGCCGUUCGUGCUCGAGUGAGUUUUAUCUACGUAAUUUCUAGAAAUCUAUCUUUAUCACGUUUCCGCUCGGCAGUCGAUUAUCGUCGUCUGAUUCCGGUGAGCGGCAAAAACUAUGUUGUCGACGCUGAAAGUGAGUAACGAAGACCGAAAUAAAGAACUCAUUUGCGACUUGCUAACAAUCAAACUCGAACCGGCGCUCUUCCGUUAUCAAUGGGCGACAACCCGCGAAACAAGGAAUUGAAAAGAGCGGCAGAUAUGAUUUCGAAGGAAGUCAACUUGACGAAUUUGGCGGAGACGAUUAGUGAAAGGUCAUCAUUCGAUAACAAGAUGAAGAUGAAGAUGCAUCUUGCACACGGCGUCAUUCUAACCGCUGUCUUUGCUCUGUCCAUGUACAAAGCGACUAAAGACAGAGUGACCACGUUACUAAUCGCGAUAUCCGUGUUUAUUGUUAUUCUUUUCAUCUGCGACUUGAUGCUGCGUCUGUGCCAAGUCCUGAUCUCACUCGCAGACACGAAUUCUAGCGAGGAUUUCUCGUUGUUGAACCGUUACCUCAUCCCGAAUACCGCAUCCGUGGUGGUGGUUGCUUGCGCUGCGUUGUCACUUCUGGGACAGAUUGUCGUCUCGCGAAGAUGCCCAUUGUGUUACGUAUGGAAUUGCGAACCUCAUGUAUGCACACUUUCCAUGAUUUUUUCUUUUUUGUUGUUGAGGUCGGUGGCUUUUGAAUUAGAGACAAGUGGAAGUGCAGUGUUUAAUCUUAAUGAUCUGAAGGGCUUGGAUUAUGGCACUGGCAUGGCAUACAGUUAUUAUUACGGUUACUUGCGACUCAUACUGCCAUCCACUGGCACCUAUAGCAAGAGCAUAGUCGAGAAGAUUGAGAAUUUCGAAGAUAAGCAUGGCAUCACUUUUCCAGUGCACAAACUGUUCAUCCUGAUACCAUCGUCAGGCUAUAUUCCUCCAGAUUUGAAGGAGGCGUCUGACCAAUGGAUGGAGAGUGCACAGGAACUUGAGGAGGAAAAACGCAACCGGGCUGGUGUUGUAGGCAGAACUUACCGCAACAAUGCGUACAAAAUUUAUCCUGGUGGACGCAAGUCAGGUGCUAAUCCAGUGUAUGUGGUGGUGGAAGGUGCGACACCUUUGUUAACGUUCUAUGAGGUACAGAAGCACAAUCAUGCAGAAGCUCUUUUAUAUAGGCAAUUCAAGCACGAGAUUAUUACUACUUUUCACAUGAAAUUGCACAGUGCCUUACAGAACGAACUGGACACCAAAGAUUUAUGUGAACUGAUUUAUUAUGAUGAUUAUAAAGAUGGGACUAAAGUUAAUAUUGCGAAGAUAAUUUUAAAGAGAAUAUCUGAAUUAAGAUGUUCUACAUAAAUGUUCAAAGAAGUUAAUAGGGAGUAUGUGAUAAUGACAUGUCCUAUGAUACACUUAUGUGAUACAGAAGAUUUAUAUUUAUAUAUAAUAAUUCAUUUCUUCACAUAUACCUAAGAAGUGAUACUUAAGAAGUUCAUUUACUAGAAACUAAAAUGCUGAAAAUUAUGCAAAAAUUUGAUGUAACAUUUAUUGUAGUGAAACACCAGAUAAAAUCUGGUGCGACUUGUCUAUAUCGUUCAUGAAAAAUUUGAUACUGAAUAUUACAAUGUAGCACAUAGAUUACCGAUCAAAGGUUUGAAAUCUAGUAAAAAUGUAUUGAAAAUAAUUAUCUGGAUUAUUAUCAAGAUUCUUGUUGAUAAAUCUUUUUAUCAGUGACUUCAAACCUUUGACCAGUACUGUAUAGUCUUAUGGUAGAAACAAUAAGUCAUCACUGUUUUAACGUAGCUUUGUAAAAAGUGAUAUCAUCCAAAUAAAAAAAACUUGGUUAUAAAUGUUAUAUAUUAGGAAAAUCAGCAUUAGAGAAAGAAUAGUAUUCACUAUAUCGUUUUUGUGUAAUCGCGAUUGCAAGUCAGAAAACUGCUGUUUUGUGUUUUGAACAGUAUUGUACUGAAUGAAAUGUGGCAGAGUAUGAGCAAUUUUCUUAAUAUGCUAUUGAAAAUAUACAUUUGAUGUACAAAUUCCUUAACAUAUAAGAAUAUGAGUACAGGACCAUAUUGUGUAAUAUUUUAUAUUUUACUUGCUUAUAUAAUAUAUACCCGUAUAUUUUCAUGCACUGUAUUCAAUUUUGCAUCUCCUAUGUUUCACCAGGAUACUCGCGUCGUGACAUGGAAGGAACAGUGGCGAGGCAUUCGUAUAAAAUGUAUCAUUUAUUCGCAGAUACAAGUCCCUUAAGAAACAGAUUACAAAAUAUUGCGUCAGCAGAUUUCAAGGGAAGACAUCACGAUCGUCGAAGCCCACAGCCGUUCUUAGCCACGUAAAAAUUACAAUACGUGUCGCACACGUCGGCCGGGCGCUAACGUCGAGAAUUAAAUGGAUUGUAUAUAAUACAUAUGGGAGUAGACAUAUGUUGCUUCGUCCGCGACGAAGGUGUUAUCGCUUGUUGAAAGGUCGUAAUCCUUAGUAAAGACACCAGUGAAAGGCACAGAAUUGAAUCCUGGGCAGGUAUGUUAAGCCACACUCUUCCGAAGCAUGCCGUGCGACAUCGACUUUCGAGCAUAGCUAAGAACACACGUCGCAAUCACGAGUGGCAGUAGCGGUAGCGCUGGUAUUUACAUCACAUAUCCAUUUCAAAUUGCUCCGCGGACUCCUCGAUCAGAGCGUCUGUAACACAUUGCAUUAAACAUGAAAAAAAAAAUUCGCACACAUGUGUGAGAUUGAUAUAUUUUAUUAUCAGAACGAGCACGCGUGGGAUCUCUCCCAAGAGCACACGAUAACAUUGAAUGGUAAUGUGACCCGACCUUUAUCAGCAUUUUUGGCGGGAUUCGUUGUGAUGGCUGGUGUGCCUUUCAGCAAUUCCGACGGUAUGGCCAGUGUGCUUCGUGGCGGCGUUCGUGAUAUCGGUGAGUUCCGGAGGUUCAUGAGAAACGCGCGCUCGUAGACGAUGCGUGUACCUGCAUAAAAUCCCAUUGUAAGUCCCAUUAUAUGAUUGGAUCUUAGGGCUCCUGUAAAGCCAUUCUGGACGCAUAAAGAACGUUAAGCAUGCCUUUUCAAUUCCAAGCUCUGUUUCUUUUGUCACACAUAACAUUUGUUUCAAGCUUAAGAAUCAGAAAGACAUCUCGCGUUUGACAAUAGAGUCCAUAAUAGGGCUUCAGGUCCUUCGCCGCGGGACUCUUGAUUGACGACGUCGGAGACCGGAAAAUACACGUUGAAGAUUCUUGCAAAAUACGUUAAGAUAAAAACAUAUCCAUAAAAUGACGUAAUCGGUCGAGCAGACUUAUAAAAUAGUCUGAAUACUUUCCUCUUGUUCGGAUAAUCAAUGAAUGAACGUACAAUUGAUAUGUAACCUUCCUUUUUAAUUUAUAUGUAACCUUUUAAUUUAUAUGUAUUCCUUUUUAAUUGAUAUGUAACCUUCCUUUUUAAUUUAACUUUCCGCAUGAUUUCCUCACGUUAAUUUGAUUAAUACUUAUUGAUUGUUAAAGCAGAAAAAAAGUGUUUGGACUAUUUUACAAAUCUGCUCGAAGAAGUAUAAUCUUGUGAAAACAAUUUUGUUUCAAUGUAUCUUGCAAGAAUUUUAAGCAUUAUCUUGUUUUCCUUAUGUCAUAAAUCAAGAUUUUUGAGGAGGAAACGGGAGUCUUAACGAAAUUCUUCGGAAUUAAGAAUAUACUUAAAUUCUUAUUAUACAAUGACAGAAAAAAAUAUCUUUGUCGGAAGAAAUGACGUUGAGAUGAUUCAAGAGAAAGACAUGGAGGCAGAGUAGAAAAACGGGUUCGAUUUUGAAGGGAAAUUUAUAAGUGAACGGCGGAGAAAAACGAGACAACAUUGACGUCGAUGGAGAGGAUACAAUGACUGCGAUGGCGGUACGGAAAGCAGCGCAAAGUAUCUAUUUAUACAAGUGUGUAUUUCUGUACUAACACCUAAGCGAAAGGGGUGCAAGGAUCGGCGAAGUCGCCAAAACAAACUAAUCGUGGAAAAUGCGGAGACAGCGUGCGUGUAUGCGAGACAGAGCCUCCCACUAUAUCAACGAAAGAGACACGUCGUGGAAUUUCUUUGUGCGUGUAGUUGCGACUUCACGCUUUGGCAGGGAAUUUGCUCAGGCGGUCUUCUGGUGAACGUGUCCGGAUAAUAGACACACGAAUACGCGACGGCAACGGCGGAUACUGUCCGCAAUCCGCGAAAUGAAGCCACGUUUGAGAGGAGAAUAGUCGUACGACUUGGACUGAUUUUCGCACGAGACAUUUCGCUUCGUCAGCGAUUGUCUCGCCGUCAUUCCACGUCGCACUCCGCAAAACAACUAUUUGCGCGUGAAGACUGUUUUUUACUCGUCACACGUGUGCGACAUAAGGCGUGUAAAAAAGCUAUUUCCAAUCGAAUGAGAUCGCGUGAGCGACAACGUCGACGACCUAGCGUAAGGUGACCCAGACCUCCCGUUUGCCCGAGACAAAACCGAUUUUACAUCCCAUGUUUUAGAUCUUCUCGAAUGCUACCUGGGACACCGAUUUAUCCCGAAUUUAAUUAAACUAACCUGAUUUAGAAGAUUUUAAGAAUUUUUUUGACAAAAAAAGUGACGUUUAAAAAAUUUCAUAACUCAACAAACUUAACAAGUUUAAAUACAGUAACUUUGCUUUUUAAUUUUAUAUGAGGAUAAGAACAGCUUUAUCUUAAUUAUUGGUAUUGUAUAUAGACCCUCAUUGUUGUCAUAUUGUUUUUCAUAUAUGUAUAAAUAAAAUAUUGUCUUAUA